CGCGGCGAUCGGGGCCAGCUGGGCCCCCGGCGGCGCGCUCCUCGGUCCGGCCGGGAGUCGCGCCCGUCGGAGGCCCUGGCCGAAGGCCGCCAGCAGGCCUCUCGUCGUCCAUCCCUGAGGAGUGCAGCCAGUGGACAUGACCGAUCCACCCGGGGCGCCGCCUCCGGCGCUGCCAGGCCGCGGAUGAAGAAGAAAGCCCGUACCCGCUCGGCCCGGAGCGAGGAGACGCCGCGAGACGAGGAGCUCACCGGGACCGAGGAAAUGGCGGCAGCCGGGCUCUGCGUGACCGUCACCCACAGCAAUGAGAAGCAUGACCUUCACGUUAUCCCCCAGCAGGGCAGUAGCGAGCCACUCGUCCAAGACCUGGCCCAGGUUGUUGAAGAUGCCAUAGGGGUUCCACUACCUUUGCAGAAACUCAUUUUUAAGGGAAGAUCUCUGAAGGAAAUGGAGACACCAUUGUCAGCCCUUGGAAUACAAGAUGGUUGCCGGAUCAUGUUAAUUGGGGAAAAGAACUGUCCAGAGGAAGAGGUUGAACUAAAGAAGUUGAAAAAUUUGGAGAGGUCUGUGGAGAAGAUAGCUAGCCAACUUGAAGAGCUGAAUAAAGAACUUAGUGGAAUCCAACAGGGUUUUCUGGCCAAGGAUUUGCAAGCAGAAGCUCUCAGCAAGCUUGACAGGCGAGUAAAAGGCACCAUUGAGCAUUUUAUGAAGAUUUUGGAGGAGAUUGACACUCUGAUCCUGCCAGAAAAUUUCAAAGACAGUAGACUGAAAAGGAAGGGUUUGGUGAAAAAGAUUCAGGCAUUCCUAGCUGAAUGUGACAUGGUGGAACAAAAUAUCUGCGAGGAGACUGAGCGACUCCAGUCUACAAACUUGGCCUUGGCCGACUGAUGUGCCAUGAAGAGAAGCAGUGCUGCCCUGAAGAACGGUGUCACCAACUUCUUGGCCAGGAUCUCUCUGGGCUGCAAAGGGCAAUUGGCCAGCUGCUGGAUUUCCCCCUCCUACAGCAAUUCUCUGAAAAAGUAUUGUCUUUGCCACCUGA